GGUACACCGCAGCGUGCACUGUGCACAAGAAGAAGGAAGAAGGACGCCUCGGUGGAGGAGUGCUGUUGAGCAGGUUUUCGAGGCCAACACAGCUUGCCAUUUUGGAACGCUAGGCCGGUCCUAUAAGUCCUACCUUGCGUAUCUCUUUGCUGUCUGCAUAGUUGUUGACCAGGUUAGUUGUUUUGUGCUGAUUUGAGAUAAGCGCCACGCCGUUGAGAAGUUGACAGGAAAAGCAUCUGGAGGACUUUCCUCCAAAAACUGUUUGGCAGCCAUCGCCAGACCCGUUCUUUGAAGAAUCCGGAAUCCAGCCCUAGCAAACACAAGUAUGCGGAGAGGGGCCGGCUGGUUUGAGCUGAGCAAAGCGUACGGAGCCAGGUGGACAUAUUAGGCCAGCAUGUUGUCCCGUAGCCAUGCCAACCUGCUCGACCUUUUGGGAGACAAGGCUCCUAUCACGCGGCCCAAACCGAAGCGGGCCAACACAAUUGCAAACUUGACCCUCGAGGGGGCCGUCGAGGAAGGCUUGUCAAGCGUCACAUCAGACGCUCCCUCUUCCAUUAACCAGGAUAGGCUCAUCCUGGUUUCUAAUCACUUGCCGGUGAAUGCUGCUAGAAGAGAGGAUGACCGGGGCUGGACGUUCACGCGGGAUGAGGAUGCGCUGCAACUCCAGAUGAAAGAUGGUCUUGCAAACUUCAAUGCAGACCUGGAGGUGCUGCACGUGGGGUGCCUCAAGGUGGAGGUGGACCCCAUGGAGCAAGACGAGGUGUCAGCCUUCCUGCUGGAGAAGUUCAACUUUGUCCCCGUGUUCCUAUCCGAAGACAUCCGCAACCGCUUCUACCUCGGGUUCUGCAAGCAGUACCUGUGGCCGCUCUUCCACUACAUGCUGCCGCUCUCGUCUGAGCAUGGCACGCGCUUUGACCGCGGCCUCUGGCAGGCGUACGUCCACGCCAACCGCUACUUUGCGGAUAAGGUCAUGGAGGUGAUCUCCCCCGAGGACGACUUUGUCUGGAUCCACGACUACCAUCUCAUGGUGCUCCCCACCUUCCUCAGGAAGCGCUUCCCCAAGGUGCGCAUGGGCUUCUUCCUGCACAGCCCCUUCCCGUCAAGCGAGAUCUACCGCACGCUGCCCGUGCGCGACGAGAUCCUGCGCGCGUUCCUCAACGCUGACCUCAUCGGCUUCCACACCUUCGAUUACGCGCGCCACUUCCUCUCCUGUUGCACACGCAUCCUCGGCCUCGAGUACGAGUCCAAGCGCGGCUACAUCGGGCUCGAGUACUACGGCCGCACCGUCGGGAUCAAAAUCAUGCCGGUCGGGGUGCACUUGGGGCAGCUCUCGCGGGGUUUGCAGCUGAACGAUACCGAGUGGCGGAUCGGGGAGUUGGUGAGCCAAUACGAGGGGAAGACGGUGCUGUUGGGGGUGGACGAUAUGGACAUCUUCAAGGGGAUCGGGCUCAAAAUGCUGGCAAUGGAGAGCUUCCUCUCGCAGCACGCCAAGUGGCGCGGCAAGGCGGUGCUCAUCCAGAUCGCGAACCCUGCCCGCGCGACGGGGCGCGACAUCGACGAGGUCAAGGAGGAGGUGUACUCGCUGGUGGAGCGGAUCAACACCAAGUUUGGGUUCGAGGGCUACCAGCCCAUCGUGUUGCUCGAGCGGCGCGUCCCGCUCUACGAGCGCCUCGCGUUCUACACGAUUGCGCAGUGCUGCGUCGUGACGGCCGUGCGCGACGGGAUGAACCUCACCCCGUACGAGUACGUCGUCGUGCGCGAGCGCGCCGAGGCGCGCGGCGUCGGGAGCGCCGCGAUCGUCGAGACGAAGAAGCGGAGCAUGCUGGUCGUCAGCGAGUUCAUCGGCUGCUCCCCGAGCCUUUCCGGCGCGAUCCGGGUGAACCCGUGGAACGUGGAAGCCGUCGGGGAGGCGAUGAACGUCGCGCUGUCGAUGGCGGUCGUCGAGCAGCAAAUGCGGCACGAGAAGCACUAUGCUUACGUCAGCCACCAUGACGUCGGGUUCUGGGCGCAGAGCUUCAUGACGGAUUUGCAGCGCACGUGCCUGGACCACAACCGGCUGCGGUGCUACGGGAUUGGGUUCGGGCUCGGUUUCCGGGUGGUCGCGCUGGGGCCGGACUUCCGCAAGCUGGGGCUCGACCAAAUCUUGCAGCCCUACAGGAAAGCGAAGCACCGCGCGAUCCUGCUAGACUACGACGGCACGAUGAUGCCGCAGGCGACGCUGAACCGGCGGCCGGGCGAGGACGUCAUUGCGUUGCUCAAGGCGCUGUGCGACGAUCCCGCCAACGUGGUGUUUCUGGUCAGCGGCCGUAGCAAGGUGCCUCUGCACGAAUGGUUUGGGGACGUGGACAAGCUGGGGAUCGCCGCAGAGCACGGCUACUUCUACCGCUGGAACAAGAACGCGGAUUGGCAGACGCUAAUCACGGGGCAGGUGCCCCCGAGCGACGCAGCUGACGUGGGCGACUUCCCGUGGAAGCACGCGGCGCUGCCGAUCAUGGAAACAUACGCGGAGAGCACCGACGGCUCCUUCAUCGAGGCCAAGGACAGCGCGCUCGUCUGGCACUACCGCGACGCCGACCCCGACUUCGGCUCCUGGCAGGCCAAGGAGCUGCUGGACCACUUGGAGAGCGUGCUGGUCAACGACCCGGUAACGGUGAAGAGCGGGCACCACAUCGUGGAGGUGAAGCCGCAGGGCGUCUCUAAGGGCGUCGUCGCCGAGAAGGUCCUCGCCACCAUGGAGGCGCGCAACGAGGGGCCAGAUCUGAUUCUGUGCAUCGGGGACGACAGGUCGGACGAGGACAUGUUCCAGAAGAUCGAAGACACGUUUAGCAAUCACAUGACCGCCCAAGUCUUCGCAUGCACAGUCGGCCAGAAACCUAGCAAAGCGAAAUACUAUCUAGACGACACGAUCGAAGUUAUGCAGCUCCUAAAUGGGUUAGCCAAUUCUGGCCAACAACACUGAUCACUCGAGUUUUGAAACGCGAAAGUUUGCUACCUUGCAUAAGGUAGGAAUCGACUGUCUUACAUACCGCUUCCAAUGAAGUGGUUGCUUCUUAGUACUGCAUACAAACAGGUACAAGCUGCUGUGGCUCCCUUGGUCAAUGUCGUGCCGGCAGCCCACUUCACCACGCCAUUCAAGCA